CCAAAACAACAAAGUAAAAUGUAACAAAAUUUUGUUCGUUUUAGGAAAUAUUUUGUACUUUUCGCAGUAGUUCAUUCUUGAUGAAAGAGCGAUCGCAGAAAAAAGUUGAUAAGGAUUGAAGUUGAAACUUCUUUUUAAUGAUUGAAGUGAGAAAUUUGCGCCAGUUUUCGCCGCACGGAAGAAAACUAGCCAAAUUAAGACCGCGCGUGUCGAAUAUCGAACAACAUGAUGGAAUAUUUCCAACGCAGAAUAUUGGCAAGUCAAAAAAAUUGCUGGAGUUUUGGCAGCUGACAAAACGUGAAGAUGGCAACAUUGAAGAUGAGGUCUAUGUAAGUGGUUGCACAGCCAUAUGGAGUCAUGGCUCUGGUGAAUCUAAGGUCUUACAGAAGUCUUUUACGGUGGAUACUCCAAUAACUAAUGUUGUAUGGUGCACUUUUGGAAAACCAGAAUCUGGCAGUAAUUCGAACAAUAAUGCUCGAAAACGAAGUCUAUGUGUGGUUGAGGAGGAUUUGAUCAAAGCAUUUUCAGAAGAUGGGAGUGUUGAAUCUUGUACCUUGCCUUUUAAAGUUUGCAAUAUUCUGUCAAUUCCCGGUGGUUUAAUUUUGGAACGAAACAUUUCACAGCCGGACACAGAACAGCAGAAAAGUAAAAAGAUCCCAACAUUAUUCAGCCUCCUGGGUGCGUUAGAUGAGCCCAGACCUGUUGUUAUUCGAUAUGGAGGUAAACCUUCCUACAUGUCUGAAUCAACACUGCAUGUUAUCUUCAGUUGUAACAAUCCUCCACUUCUUCUUACGUACGAUUCCUUCGUCGGAGGGCACUCUCUUUGGCUUGUACGGGAUGCAAAGAAAGAGGAUUUUCCAGAGCCCAGCACAAUCAGUGAAUUAUCAGACUCCUUCGCCCGUACAAUUCCAUACCCGACCCCCAUAUUGAAACCUGCAGCCUACUCCCGUCUCUCUGUGACGGCCUCACCCUCCUCGUUCCUCUCGCAAGUCCGUACCUCGUCCCCCUCCGAAAAAGGUUUAAACCGAUUCCCCCACACCCCUCACAUCGUCUCCUCGCCCCAAGUUUCCAGAUUACAUUCCUCCAGAAUGAUGCUGCAAUCCCCCGCUCCCCACAGUUUUGUCGAUUCACCAUCGAUUCUUCAGUCUCCGGAUAUAUUCAGGUCCUCGGCGACAACAAUGAACAGUUUUCACGAGGAUACCUACUGGCAUUGCAUAGAGCCCUUGGAGCCUGAGAUAUGCCUGGAUCAUGUUUGGGAAGAAACAUCUACUGUGAGGCAUUCCAACAAGGCACAAGCGAAUAAAGCCUUCACAACGACUGAUGUUUGUGGCGUUCAGUACAUCUGCUUUCUUGUUCCACAUAUCUCAAAAUUAAGGUUGACACAAUUUAGUGUUGGAAACAGAUUAGACCAAAUCCUAUUUGGAAAAACGUUUGAUAUUCCUGCCGUUGAUGCUGUUAAUAUCCAAGAUCUCAACAUGAUUCUCGUUCUUACUCCUGAGAAUAGUUUAGUCUUGUACACUGGUAAACACAAGGGCAGCGAAAUUAAGCUGAUUGGACUGGAUGAAAUCGCGCAAAAACGAACAGAUAGUUUAGGAGAUCUUAAUGACGAUUCCAUCAUGUCAAUAUCGUCUGAGGUCACGCUCGUUUCGCCGGUUCAAAAAGCACCAUCCAGUCAAGGAUCGAGCAUUACGAGUGCUUUCAAAGCAUCAAGCCAUUUAGAGGAGAUCUACGUUUCAGGUCUUAGGGAGACGACGGGAAGUACCGUUCUUUUGCAACUCCGUAAUGACGAGAUGUAUCGCAUGACCUUGCCACCACUGGCUCGAGACAGUACAGUUUCUUCCUGUCUGACUGGGCUACGACAAGUAUUAACUGACGACAUUGGCGCAAAACUAUAUUUAAAAUACUACCACCUGACCAAUGACGGAUCAAAUAGCAACUAUACCCCGGAUGAGGAAUGGCGGAACUUUUGUGAAGCACUUUGGAAAUUACUGGGGUACAAAGGUACUGAAGAGUCUUUCGCAAGUGUUCCUGCAAAGAAAUGUAAGACUAGCCCAGAUGUAGGAGAGGAAGCGUGGCAGUUUCUUUUGAAAAGUGCUUCUAAAGAUUUCAAGUUUCUUGGCAAUGCUUGUUUUUCUUUACCAUCAACUACCCGGGACGAGGAGCCUCAAGCAGAAAGUGCUGAGUCAUCAAGUUCCUGGGAUAGUAAUGCUUUGCUGUUCCAAAACAUACCAAGUGUUGUGUUUGUUUUACAUCUGAUUCACGAGGAUCUCAAACUGAGCAACCUUACUUGGCAUUCUGCAAAGAUUUUGGGUCGACUUCUUUUUGACUUAACCUGGACUAUUGGUUGGGGGCAAUAUGUGGAUUAUUACAAGAAGGAAUACCCACAGUUCUCGAUGGAACCUAACGUUUCUCAAAAACCCGCAGAACAACCCCCCAAUGGUCAAAUGUCCUCACCAGUUUUUAUAACGCAAGACCCGCCAAAUAUUUACCACUGGUUAAUUGAAUGUUUAAAGGGAAAUCAGGUCAAGAAAUUUCCUAUAAUACCGAGCGUGUGUCAGCAAAUAUACAAAAUAAUUAUGAUGUAUUCUUUGUGCAUCUCUCGAAAGGAUGGAACAUACAAUGAAAAUCCCGAAGACCUAUUGAACAAGAUUCCACUAAAUUUAGGCCAAAACUCUCAAUUCGACAUUAACAGUGAGGAAUACACGAGGUGUCGCACACCAGUCGACAGAAUGGUGCUUUUUAUGGCAAAAACAGGUUUUACAAAAGAUGACUUGGAAGCGCUACCGUUUGGUGUGAGUGUCCCGUUGAGAGAAGCGAUUUAUCAAUGUCGUAAUAAUCCUUCGUUUCAUUUACCAGAAGAAAGCUACACGUUAAUCGGUCGAGAGGAAUUGGCCGCUCAAGCAAGGAAACACGAUAGUGAUUUCUACAAUUGCUGUCAACCGAAAGCUGCUCCUGAAGGCGGAGAAAUUGACGAUGGCAUGAAUUUUGAGUGCGAGGCAACCAAACUACGGUUCAGUAUCGACCACAGAAUACGUGAAGUUCGAAGAUUGCUGCAAUCUGCUAGACCUGUGCACGUUUCGUUGGUUCAAAAUCCUGAAGUGAGUGAUCACGACUUUGUCCAAGAACAGGAGACAAGGCUUUUGAUGAUGUGUAAAAGAACUUUGUCCUUAUCCGUGGGAAGAGGCAUGUUUACGCUGGCGACAUCGCGGCCCACGUUGACAGAGCUUGUCCCCAUUCCACCGUUAGAGAUUACUGGCCGCUCGCUACCGAGAAAUGCGGUGAUUUCAUUGGAUCAUGUCGAUGUACCAAACGAUAUGUUGGUCUGGCCUGCAUUUCAUAAUGGCGUUGCAGCUGGCCUAAGAAUUAUACCUGGAAUAUCACAGAUCGACAGCACGUGGAUAGUGUAUCAGAGACCUCAAGAUAACCUGCUCACAAACGAGCAUGCGGGAUUCCUGAUGGCACUUGGGUUGACUGGACACUUAUCAAACCUCGCUAUAAUGAAUGUUCAUAAUUACCUUAGCAAGGGCCAUAAGUUAACAAGCGUUGGACUGCUCAUCGGAUUAGCAGCAACCAAACGAGGCAGUAUGGACGCGGCUAUCACAAAGAUGUUAAGCAUUCAUAUAGACGCUCUUCUGCCGCCAACAUCAGCAGAGAUUGACGUUCCAGUUUGCGUCAUGAGUGCAGCGGUUGUGGGGAUUGGUUUGGUCUACCAGGGAACAGGCCAUCGUUUAAUGACUGAAGUAUUACUCUCAGAGAUAGGUCGACCUCCAGGACCUGAAAUGGAAAAUGCUCAAAACAGGGAAUGCUACUCCCUGUCAGCUGGGCUGGCUUUGGGACUUAUUAUGUUAGAACAUGGUCAUGGAACAGUCGGGAUUUCAGACUUGAAUAUUUCAGAUCAUCUUUAUUACUACAUGGUUGGUGGCCAUAAGAAGCCUCAGACUGGCGCUCAAAGUGAAAAAUUCAAAUCUCCAAGCUAUUUAAUAAAAGAAGGAGAUAAUGUUGACAUCAAUGUGACAGCACCCGGAGCAAUACUCGCGUUGGGACUUAUAUAUUUAAAGAGCAACAAUGUGAUUGUUGCAUCGUGGUUCUCCGCACCAGAGACUCCUGUUUUAGCUGAAUUCGUGAGACCUGAUUUCCUAAUGUUGAAGCUUCUGUCGAGAGGUUUGGUCAUGUGGGACCACAUUCUUCCCUCUCAGGCCUGGGUCGAGUCUCACAUACCAAAGGUUUUUCAAGAUUACGCUUUCAAGGAGAACUCGAAAGAUAUAAAUGAAAAUGUCGACUUUGAUUUCGAAACUAUUAGUCAAACUUAUGUGAACAUAAUAGCCGGAUGCUGUCUCGCCAUGGCCAUGAAAUUCGCUAGCUCUUUUAACCAAAAAGCAUUCAACACACUUAUGCACUACACCAAAUAUUUUAAAGACCUUCUCGACAAGCCCGAAGCAGAACAGUGUGGUCGAGUAAUUUUAGAACAGUGUUUGAACAUUACGCUACUUUCUUUGUCCGUGGUAAUGGCUGGCAGUGGCAACCUUGAUGUCUUGAGAAUGGCUCGAGAGUUACACAAAAGGCAUUCGGCAGAGAUAACAUAUGGCAAUCACAUGGCUGUUCAUAUGGCGAUCGGUUUUCUAUUCCUGAGCGUAGGCAGGAGUACUCUGUCCACCUCUGGACCUGCCAUAGCAGCUUUAGUGUGUUCCUUGUUUCCACAGUUUCCAAUGACUAGUUCUGAUAACAGAUGUCAUUUGCAAGCUCUGCGUCAUCUUUAUGUCCUGGCGGUUGAACCUCGUCUUAUUCUACCCAGAGAUGUUGACUCCAAGGAGACUUGCUAUGUGCCGAUAGAAAUCACUCUGAAGGAAACACAAUACUACAACGAAACUGUGAUCAAAGACGUCGCUCCUUGCUUGUUACCUGAUGUAGACUUGAUUAAACAGGUCAACAUCUGUGGACAACGUUAUUGGCCGAUAGUACUCGAUGGCGAUACCUUGGCUGACGAUCUAAGGUCAAUUUUGUCGAAAAGUGGAACAAUUUUUGUAAAGAAACGAAUUGGUCAGCUACCUUAUAAACAGGAUCCAAAGGGUUAUCGAAAUCUACUCGCACGUACGUUUACGGAACAAGCCGAGAAGCUUGAUACAAUCCGGUCGUUCUCCACCGAUCCUGAACUGAUACAAUUCACAGAACUAUUCUGCCAGAAUAACUCGACAAAUGAAAAGGAGAAACGAUCCAGCGAGUUUUUGUCCUCUGUUCUUCUAAAAUGCGUUCACCAGGAGACAACGUCCAUGAUAUAUUCAUAUUUUGCAAUGGAAAAGGCCCUUCAUAGCGUUGAGAACAAGAACGACAUUAAAGCACUCUGGGAGCUUCUUGUCGUGUUAACGUACUACCAAAGUUCGUUUGGACGCCUAAAGAAAAGAUCAGAUAUGAAGCGAUCAGUCAGCCUGAACUUUACAGUCGAAAUAAAGGCUCGUUUAGAUGCCCAUUUUCAGAAAUAUCUCGAGGAAAAAGGAAAUGUCGAGUUUAAACAAUGUAUGAAGGGUUCAGGAGAGGGCAUAAGUCCACAGUUGGCAUGUUACUUGGCAUAUCAGGGAAUCACUGAGGCAAGAAUGAUCCCUGAAUUUACGCAGGAAAACGUGCCACUGGAAACGUUGAUCGAAAAAGCCAGGACGCUGCAAAUUUCGCUCUCAAACCUGCUCAAAAUCCGUUCCAUUCUUCAGGAAUAAUGGCUGUCUUCGGACUUCGGAUUUCAGGUUUUUAUAUCUAUAAUUCGACUAAUUGUUUCCAUUCGUCUCAAUACCCAGUGGAUAGAGUUACGCUAUCAACUUUCUAUUGUUCGGAGACUAUAUUAUAGAUAUCGAAUUACUUGUAUAUUGUAAUAAAACCAUUUAUCCCGUCGAGAG